AUGGAGGAAAUUCUCAGCAUUCCAACUCAAGUGAAUUUUGAUGAAUCUAUAGCAAAUUAUGAAAUUCAUAGUCAUCAACCAUAUGCAUCAUCAUCUUUCAACAAUAGUGAUGAAAUUCGGAUAAUAGUUCAAAAUCAAGAUUUAUAUAUUUUACCGAGUAGCAGUUCCUUACAUAUAUUUGGACGCUUGACAAAGAAUGAUGGAAAUACUUUAACAGAAAAUGUUGAUCUCAUUAACAAUGCUAUAGCUUACUUAUUUGAUGAAAUUCGUUAUGAAUUAAAUGGUAUUGAGAUUGAUCGAUGCAAAUAUGUUGGUUAUACUUCAACUAUAAAAAACCUGGUUUCACUAACUCCUUCUCAACUUAUACGUGAUGGAAAUGCAGGUGUGUUUGAAUAUUCUGCUUUGGAUUUAAAAAUGACUUUAGAAAAUGGUUAUUUUAAUGUAACAGUACCACUUAGUAUGCUUUUCGGUUUUGCUGAAGAUUAUAAGAAAAUUGUUAUGAAUGCUAAACAUGAACUCAUUUUGAUAAGAUCACGAAAUGAUUUAAAUGCUGUUAUUCAAACAGGAAAUCUUGACAAUAAUGAAGAAUUUAAAAUUACAAUUAAUAAAAUUGAAUGGUUAGUACCAUAUAUUUUACCAUCUGACAGUAAUAAAAUUAAAUUAUUAAAAUUUAUUGAGAAGGAUCCAUUAAUUUCUAUGAGUUUCCGAUCGUGGGAAAUGUAUGAGUAUCCUUUACUUCCAGAAAGUUCAAGAAUUAUGUGGCAUCUCAAUUAG